GCGGGCUGUAACCCGCUCCGGAGUUGGGGGCUGCAAAGCGUCGAGGCCGUCGGGAAGCCGCGGGCCCUGGGACGUGGCUCCCUGGGGAGCUGCUGUGGGAAGGCAGAUGUACCCUGCAGGUCCUGCUGUCAGUUUGCAGCAUGUUGACAUGGAUAACUCCUAUCUCUGUGGAUACUUGAAGAUUAAAGGCCUUACUGAGGAGUAUCCAACGCUUACUACUUUCUUUGAAGGAGAAAUAAUCAGUAAAAAGCAUCCAUUUUUAACCCGGAAGUGGGACGCAGAUGAAGAUGUGGAUCGUAAACAUUGGGGGAAGUUCCCGGCAUUUUACCAGUUUGCAAAGACAUUUAACUCUGAUGAUUUUGAUUAUGAGGAUCUGAAGAAUGAUGACUUUGUCUUCAUGAGGUGGAAGGAGCAGUUCCUAGUCCCAGAUCACACCAUUAAAGACAUCAGUGGGGCAUCCUUUGCUGGGUUUUAUUACAUAUGCUUCCAGAAAUCUGCAGCAUCUAUAGAGGGCUAUUACUAUCACAGGAGUUCAGAAUGGUAUCAAUCUCUGAAUUUGACUCACGUCCCUGAGUACAGCGCACCCAUUUAUGAAUUCCGGUGACAGGGAUGCCAAGAGCUUCACCAAGAGAUGGCCAGUGAGGCCGGGGGGUGGGGAGAGAGAAAGCGAGUGCAAGGGCGCGUGUUCUAUUCAGACAACGGGGAUGUCUCAGGACAGAAGACACCAGGUUCCCCUCUUGUUGGGCAACUGGACUGGUCUGAAAGCAUGAGCGGGAAUCCACGGGACUGCCGGAACCUGAUUCUUCUUCCAGCUGUGUGGCCAACUUGACCCUGUAGCCUGGUUUCAAAGCUGCCGUUCAGUGCCCUUUUCUUGCAGAGCUUGUCUCUCGUGAUCACUGACAAUCCUCUCCCUCCGCUCCUUUUGGGUGGAGGAAAUGCUUGCGUCUCCCCGGAUCUCCUUGGUAUAGAAGAAAACAUAAGCUGCUCCCUGCUUAGGUUGCUUCCUACUUGGCUCCGCGUAGGGGUUCAUCCAGAGGGGGUCCUGUCUGGUCUGAGCACUACUUGAGGCUUGUGUCUGGCCCACAACUGCAGCGUUUGCUAAGGAAGCAGUUGACCGAAGGAAGGAGGGCUGGGGAAAAACUAAAUCUGCUCCUGUGGGCUUGCAAGGCUGCCUUUCUCAGGAAUGUUGGUCAGUCCCAGCAGCAUGAGUUUAAAGCAACCUGCAGUGGUGGGAAAUCUAAUUAUGCUGAUGCAGAAUUCACAACAUGAAAUGGAAAAUGUUUAAGGACUUCUUUAAAGAGAGCUAUUUUUAUGGCCCACUUCCUCACCGCUGUCUCAAAGACUGUGUGGUAUGUGCACAAAUUAUUCUUCAUUAUGUUUUACAAUGGCUGCUUAUUUUCUUUUUCUCCUCCUGGUGAAAAUACGUGCAAGCUCACAUUGGUUGAUGAUGGUGAGCUCUCUCUGUAAUUACCUAGCAGUGUUGCCGCCCACUCAUCACGGAGGAGGCGCUUAGCGGUGGUGUGAAAAUUGAGCUUCUGACGUGCGCUCCGGGUUUACGCUGCAGAAAACAAUUGAUGUUUGCUAGGACUUUGUCAGACCAAAAAAACUCCCCCCAAAUAAACUGGUCUCCCAAGACUUUAAAAUGUUCAGUGACUUAAGGCUUCUGUGCCAAACUUUGUGCAUGUGUGGUAAUAUAAAAGUUGCUGUCCUGUUUAACGUGGCCUUGAGAGGCUUCUGCAACCUGCUUGUCUGCAUCAUUGAUGGAGGGGGGGGACCGUUCUGCCACUUGGGUUUGCAGGGCAAGAACAUGAUUCUCCCCUGCUUUCUUGCAGCAAAAUGCCUAGCGCCCCCCCCCCCAAGAUCUUUCUGUCUGCUUCCGCAGGUGCCUUGGACUUUGCAGUGUUUGGCAAUGGAGGGGGGCAGAAUGUCCCCAGUGGCCAAAGAUUAGGUGGUGGGCGGGUUCUGUUUGGAGCUCAGCCUUCUGAGUGGCAGGAUCAGAAGCAUUUAUAGUGGCUUGAUUUUUGAAAACUGGCAGGUAAUUGGGGCUGAGGAAGCAUUUUUCUCUGUCUACAGCCCUGUGCGUGCCACAGUCUUGGGGGGGGGGAAUAAAAAGUACAGGUUGUGCUAUUGAGGUAUGGAAUUUGGUUCCCACUUUUAGCUUCCUUUGAUGGUGGGGUUGAAAAGUGUUGUCACUUAAAAAGAAGAGAGGUCACUGAAAAAAGGACUGAAGUGGUUGAAAAUCGUAGGUUGGGGCAGUGUUCUUCUCUGCAGCUCUUUGUUCUUCCUGAUAGUGAGCAAAGCUGGAAUAAAUUAUGCAAAAGAUGA